UUCAGGGAAACCAAAAAGCGUGCAAAAUCUCGAUGGUUAACAAAAUGCAACAACAAUUAAACAAUUCCCAAUUCUUUACCACUCUGGAUUCCAUUUUUUCUCGCUCUCUGCCCUCCACCGCCGUCGCCCUCAGCCCUAUGCCGGAGACGGCGAUGGGUUCGUCGGUGUACCUCCGACAGAGAGAUCUGGUCCAUAAAUUUUGCGUUGAGAAUCACCACCUGCAACUCCAACGACAGCACCGCUACCAACCAGUUGAAAUUUCUGCUGGUUAUGGGGGUUUUCCGGCGUCGGAGAAGAAGAAGCUGUACAGGGGUGUGAGACAGAGGCAUUGGGGGAAAUGGGUGGCGGAGAUUAGGCUGCCCCAGAACAGAAUGAGGGUUUGGUUGGGAACCUACGACACGGCGGAGGCUGCCGCCUAUGCGUAUGACAGGGCGGCGUAUAAGCUCAGAGGAGAAUACGCGAGGCUGAAUUUUCCCAAUUUGAAGGAGUUUAGGAAUUUGGGGUUCGCCGAUUGCGGCCGUUUGAAUGCUUUAAAGAACUCUGUUGAUGCUAAAAUUCAAGCAAUUUGUUCGAAGAUAAAGAGGGAAAGGGCUAAAAAGAGAAGCAAGAAAUUGGAUCCCAAAAACAUCCCCGUUUCUGAGUCAUCUUCGCCCUCGGUGAUGGCAGCGACGUGGUGUUCGUCGGCGGUUUCUGAAGAUGGGUUUUGGAGAACGGACAAUUCGCCGCCACCACCGUCGUCGUCGUCCGGCUCGGCGGAGUCGGCGGUGACGGUGGCGAUGGUGGUGGAAGGGGACUGUGAAGGGUACUCUUCGCUGGCGAAGAUGCCGUCUUUUGAUCCAGAUUUAAUUUGGGAAGUUCUUGCAAAUUAAAUUGAAUGAACUUUCUCUCUUUGUUGUAAUUUAAUUUUUUCCAAAACUCAUUUUAAAACAGCACAACA